UUUUCUAUUUGGCAUUGGAGAAUAAUAUUUGUCAAAAUUAUGUAACAGAAAAAUUUUGGAAUUCGUUAAGAUCACUUACUGUACCUGUAGUUUUUAGUAGAUCUGUUUUUGAAGGAAUGGAUGUUCCUUCUAGUGCAUUUAUUGCUUUGGAUGAUUUUAAAUCAGUGAAUGAAUUUGUUGCGCAUCUAAAGGCUUUGCAAAAUGAUACGGAAAGAUAUUUAAAACACUUUGAAUGGACAAAAACAUAUACAAAAAGAAGAUUUGGUUAUGAUUAUUCUCCAAUAUGCAAAAUAUGUGAAUAUGCUACUAAACAUUUUGAAGAAAAAUCAAAGAAUAUAAUUGAUUUAAAUAAAUUUUGGAAUGAUAAGGAUUGUAACAAAUUUAAUGUUGAAAAAUUUUUGAAAAAUAAAUAA